AUGGCACACCAUCCCAACGGUCAACAGGCAUACUAUGGCCAAGCAAGCAACCCACCUGGUUCUGGUCAACCGGUCCCUGGUCGCUAUGAUAAUUACACACGGCCUAACCCUGUUCCGAACCAGCGACUCCCCCGACGCAUGCCCAGUUAUAACGCCGGAGAUGAGUCGCAAUUCUUCAACACCCCACAGAUGCAAAAUGUGAGAGCGACCGAUGGGAAUGCAAGAUACGCGGUCCACCCAGGGGGAUAUGGUGGUGUCGAACAGGGAGGCUACCGCGUUUCGCACGGGGCAUAUGAGGACGAUAGCACCUCGUACACUUCCGAAGACACGCGAAUGUCCCCGAGUCGCGCUUCAUCUCAGACCUCGGUCAUGUCGGGAUAUCAGUACCAAUACCCGCCAGCAACAUCCUCGAGUCAGACGUAUAAUCCGCAGCAGUACGCCCCUCCACAGACACAACCGCAAACUCUAGGAUAUAAUCCCUUGGCAUACAGUGGCGCCAGCACGGCCUCUUACUCCAGCCCGGUUUCGAGUCACCAGCCAUACAACCCGGCAGCAUAUCAGUCUGCUACCGUGUCUGGCCUGGGAACCUCGAGUGUCCCGCGUCGACCCAGUGUAGCCUCGCAGUAUGGACAGACACCCCCGACUCCACAGUCGUAUGGGUAUCCUUCCCAGCAGCCUCCGAUUCCCCCACCUCGAGGGCCCGAUCACCCGUACGGAGGGCGUCUGUCUUCAUAUGCAUCAUCACCUGGCUUAUCCCAACCGCUUACUACGAGCGCGCCCGCCUACCAAGCGAUCUCGUCGCCGAGCAUUCAAACCGCAUAUACGAUCUCGAACUCUCCAUCCGGGGCUAAUCUGGCAACAUCCGCGACUCGCACGCACUUCUAUUCCUCUCAAGGGUCUGGCUAUGAAUCACAAUUCUUUCCCCACCCGACAGCGACUAUGAGUACCUCCUUUGGCGAGCAACCCCCCGAACCACCUGCGCACCAGACCCCCAGCGAUGGGUUGUAUGGCAAGCGACCCAGUGUCUCUCAUUCUGGGUCGGGACGCGGACUCCCAACACCGCCAGUACAGCAAGCUGCAGGGUUUGCGCAAGCGCCGCCGAGGCGAACCGAUACUCUGACUCGACAUCCUCAGUCGCGGCCUUUACCCGGACCACCGAUAGAAAGCGAGCCGGUUCUCAACGGCCAGGCAUCAUCCACCUCGUAUCAGGCCAAUGAUGCCGCAGGUUAUGAUGAGCUGAUGAAAGAGGUUGAGGCGGCAGUGAUGGACACCCAGAGCAGCUUUGGUCGGAGCCACAGCUCAAGAGUAUCCGGUACCGACUCAGCUUCUCACAUGCCCCUAUCGCCUGAUGAGCGUCAUACCCAUACCAAUGGCAAUAUGGCAACAGGGACAGGGCAUAUUGUCAAUUAUGCUGCCCACAGUGAUGAAAGUGAUGCGGAGGCUGAAGCUGGCCUUGCUAUGCUACGGAUGGCGGACGAGGAGGAAAAGGCCCAAGAAGAUCGCGAGCGCCUUCACGGGCCUAUUCGACGCGGGACGAUGAACUCCGUCAUGAGCUCCCGCGGAUCGCACCCGUCACUCAGAGGUCCGUCGCCGGCAGGGCCUUCGCCGCAUUCCGGCCCCGAGGAAGACAGCGAAAUUAUCGGCCACGAUCUAGCACUGUAUGGAGGAGGAUAUCAAGGGAACCUUCACUACGGCGAGGAGCGGGCUUACAGUUCCGAAGAAUACUCAGACCUGGCUGCUGGGGAGAGAUUCCAGGGUACAUCUGGUUCGCUCAGGAGUUCCAACCUCUCUCCAGAUGAACGAGGAGCGUAUCUUGAUGACUAUGAUCACCCUCCCAUAGCGUACGAAUAUGCCCAACGUUUUCAUCAUCUACCGCCAAAUGCCAGGGUUGAUGCCGGAGGAACGGGGGGCUUGUCGGCGCCUGACGCCUAUGGUCGGCGAAUGAGUUUCGAUUAUGGCGACGAAGGAGAGAGUCCUUAUGAACAGCACAAUGAUGCAGAUCAAUCUGAUGACGAAAGCCCUUACCCGGGCACACAGGGAGAUCUCUUCUUUCACCCUGGGAUGCGCCCGCUGCCGCCUGCACCUGUUGAGCCGGCCGGCGGUGCUGAUCUUUUCUCGCACCUUAUGCCUGCUGGCACCUAUCGCCCCCCAGAGCAGGAUGACGUGCACGACAAUGAAAAUUUCACACACCCUUCUUUACCGGUUUCAGCGGAUUCAUAUGGACAACCUUUACUCAGCCCAUCCCAAGUCCCACGGUCGUCAUCUCUGUCGACUCCAAUUGGACCGCGCACUGAUCCGCCUAUCAGGUCCAAGACUGAUGCAGACAGAGCCAAAUAUAAGCAGCAACAAGAGACUCUCUGGCAGCUUCAGAACAAAGAUUUGCCCCAGAUUGAUCCGUCCCAAGCGGCCGCGGCAGCUGUGGCAUUGGACUUGCCGACUAUCCCGGCCGGACGUCGCAAGAAGUUCCACCCUGCAAAACUGUCAUCUGAGCAGUUUAAAAAGUGCAGUGAGCCAUGGGCUCUCAGCUCCAUCUUGUCGUGGAUUCGAGAUCUCAGCGAGGAGGAAACCGAUCUCAGGGAACAGGCCGUCGUUGACGCUAUCGUUGCAUUGUUUACCCACAAGGUUCCGACAAUGAAUAUUGCCGAUGCAGAAACCUUAGCAGCACGCGUUGUCAACAGUAUGCUUCAGGAAGAAGCAUUGGUUAAAGAAGAAGAAUGGGUCAAGUUCAGCUCUGGUCGUCUGUCAGGAGUCCUGUUUCAAAUUACUGGGACCGGGUGUUACUCGCCCAAGCUGCACGAGCAAGAAAUGCACAUCCACGAUACCGAUGCCUUUGCGCGGUGCUACUCCCACCACUGCAUGCGAACUUUGAAGAAGGUCAAUUUGAAGGCGCAGAUGAUGGCACCGCAGAGGAAAGUGGAGGACUGGGUUACCUUCUACAAGGUGCCCAAAGAAGUCUGGGAGUCUCAUCCGAGAAAGGAGAUCGAUCGACAGAACAACCUGCACGAGAUCGUCACCACCGAAGAUGCCUACAUUGGGCAACUGGACGUGUUACGUGAGUUGUAUCGGGACCAAUUGGCGAACAUGAAUCCCUCGAUCAUCGCGCCAAAACGGCUCGGCAAAUUCCUUUACGACGUCUUCGGCAAAGUCGACGCCGUGAAGAAGGUCAAUGAAGACUUCUUGUUGGCGCAGCUCAAAUAUCGCCAGAAAGAGCAGGGCCCUUUCAUCACCGGCUUCAGUGACAUUUUCAGGGAAUGGAUUCGCAAGGCCAAAAACGUUUACAUUGACUAUGCGGCAACCUUCCCGGCUGCAAACUACCUUGUUCGCAAAGAGGCUGAGCGUAACUCCCACUUCAAGCAUUUCUUGAACCAAGUACGGGAACACAAGCUGUCGAACCGGCUAAGCUGGGACACAUUCCUCAAAGCCCCAAUCACCAGAAUUCAACGAUAUACCCUCUUGCUUGCCACCAUUCACAAGAAUAUGGUCAAGGAUUCAGAAGAAAAGACAAAUGUGGCACAAGCAAUUGAGGAAGUCAAGGUCGUGGCGUUGGAGUGUGAUAACAAAGUCGGCGAGAUGAAUAAAAAGGCCGACCUAAUGGAACUGGCGGCCAAGCUGCAAUUGCGGCCGGAGAUGAAGAAGAAAGUGGAGCUCAAUAUGGAACACCUGGGUCGCGAGAUCAUUUUUCGGGGGGACCUACAGCGCCCAGGGACCCGGACUCGAUUCCUUGUCGAUACCCAUGCCAUCCUGCUCGACCACUAUCUCGUUCUUGCUAAAACCUUCUCCACUCGAGACUCUUCGCGAACCCUCAAGUACGAGCGGUACGAUGUGUCGAAAUUGCCUAUCCCGAUGGAUCUAUUAGUUCUGGAAAGCACCAAGGAUGACCCCGUCAUCAAGUCAUCCAUGCGAGGUGUCUCAACUGUCACGCCUUCCCAAGGCAGUGUGAGCCCUCUGACACACUCGGGGUCCGCUCUGUCUGUCUCGGGAGUGUCUGCAUCUUCUGGCAAGAGUCUCGGUCAAGCGACUGUUCUUGACAACUCGAAGGAUGACAAGAUUCUCUACCCGUUCAAGAUCAAACAUCUGGGCAAACAAGAAAUCUACAUUCUGUACGCAUUCUCUGCUCAAAGCCGCAACGACUGGUGCGAAAAAAUCAUUGAGGCGAAGACGAAACACGCUGCAGCGCUCUUCUCACAAAAUGCCGAGCCAUUCCGACUCCGAGUUCUUGCCGACACGGCAUUCGCCUACUCUGACAAUGCGACUGGCUCCAAGAGUGUCACCAUCAAGGGCACCCCAUUGCAUCGUGCGAUCAGGGAGGUAGAGAAGAAAUACGGGGGCUCCAAAUCCCGGCCUGCCCCCAUAUGCAGGGCCGCAGUCAACUGUGCCACCAUCUUCCAGCAGCCCCCUGGUCGGAUCAUGUGCGCCAUUGGCACUGAUUACGGCGUGUACAUGUCUGAGCUCAACAAUCCGCGGGGCUGGUACCGAGCGAUUCCUAUAAUGCGGGUGACCCAAGUGGCCGUGUUCGAAGAAUUCAACCUGUUCAUGCUCAUCUCAGACAGGUCUCUGAUUGCCUAUCAUCUCGAUGUGGUCUGUCCCGCCAGUGGUGCUCCCGCCCAGUCGCAGGACUCAUCGCGGCGAGCCCCGCAGAAACUGUCUGGGAACCGCGAAGUGGGAUUCUUUGCCGCAGGGCGUAUGAAGGAUCGGUAUCUGGUGCUGUAUAAGAAGCGGGAUGGGCUUUCGUCUACGUUCAAGGUCCUGGAGCCUGUGCUUCAGAAAUCAGCGAACAACAAAGGGCGAUUUUUCCAUCGUCGCUCGCAAACAGAGUUCUUCCGUGAAUAUGACGAGUUUUACAUCCCAGCCGAAAGCUACAGUAUCAACAUGUUCCACACGUCGCUCGCGAUCUCGACCCACCGAGGCAUCGAAGUCCUUACCCUCGACAAGAAACAGUCCUGGUCCGUCCCAGACUUUCGCUCCGAGGCCCCAGACGCCCAGGACACCCUGCACAGCAUCGCAAACCGAAUCAAAGAUCUCCGCCCCCUGGGCAUGUUCCGGCUCAGCGAAAGCGAGUUUUUGGUCGCCUACCAGGAAUGCGCGGUGUAUGUCAACAAGCACGGCGACGUGUCCCGCAGCGUGGUCAUGGAGUUUGUGGGCAGCGCCCACUCGGCCUGUCUCCAUGGCAGGUUCUUGAUCCUGUUCAAUGACGACUUCGUCGAGGUGCGCAACGCAAUGAACGGCCGCCUGAGACAGGUCAUCCCGGGCCACAAUGUCGUCUGUCUGGAUGACGGAAGCAAAAUGCCUGGCACCCACACCCAGGCGAAUACCGGUGGCUUGAUGAAUCUCGCUAGUGGUCUCUCGGCUGGUGCCAACGGCGUUGCCGGGGCCGGUAGUGGGUACACGGUCAAGAUUUGCAUGCAACACCCCGAGUAUGAACGCAGCCAGAUAGUUCUGGAGAUGGUCGAGAAUGAGGGCCAGAAGGAUUAA